AGAACCGAUUUUCCAGUCAGUGAGUCAGUGUGAGCCUUCAGGAACCGGGUUGAGAUGGAGCGCCGAGGGCUGCUCUGGGUCUGCCUCCUCUCUGCUUGUGUUCGGGCUGUUGCUGGAGCCCCCAUAGGAACUUCCAUCAUAAACUGUGCAAGCCAAUCUGAUGAGGUUAAUUUGGGCCCAGUGGAUGAGGGCUACGAGGGCGAUGUCGAGGUGAUCACAGGUAUUCAAGCGGGAGCAAACAUUUUGUUGGUACCGUAUGCCUUCCCUGAUCAUCUGGAGUAUCUGGAAAUGAGCUUCAGUCUUGGAGAUACGUCAGCAACGAUCCGCACAAAGAAGGUGCUGGACGCAGACGCCCUGAAACUUACGGACAGAGUCUUGUAUUACUCCAUUAAGUGUGAUGACGGUUUCGGGUACCAAAACUAUCGAAAGCUGAGGCUGAAUGAUAUCAACGACAACAGCCCGGUGUUUGCAGAAAGGCUCUAUACGACAGACAUCUCUGAGACUGUAACCUUGGAGACGGAGGUUUUCAGAGUCACAGCUGAGGACGCAGACAGCUCCCCCACGUUCAGCCGGCUGACCUAUUCCUUUACUCCGCCCUCUGAGGACUUCAUCGUGUCCAAUUCAGGAGCUUUUAUUCUGAAGAAACGUUUGAACUACAAUAAUGCCCCUAGAUACAGUUUUACUCUGACAGCGCAGGACAUCGAUGGAAAAAACGACACGACCUCUGUGGUCUUCAACGUUGUGGAUUCAGAUAACUUGAAUCCCUUUUUCAGUCACAGUCUGUACCAGGCGGUGAUUCAGGAGAAUGAGAAUGGGGCCUUUGCCGACAUCCUACCCGAGGCAAUAAAAGCCCAAGAUGGUGACAUGGGCAUCAACAUGACGGUGACCUACAGCAUCAGUACAGUGUCUCCUAAUGCAUAUGUGACCAACUUCAACAUUGACCCCAACACUGGAGUUCUGUCCGUGGGGACGGCGUUUGACAGAGAGGAGAUGAGCAGCAGCAUCGUCUCCGUCAGCAUAAAGGCGGCACAAACAGACGACAGACUGAAGACGGCUGACGCUGUGGUGUCCGUCACAGUCCAGGACAUCAACGACAACGCUCCGACCUUUGACACCAACAACUACGACAUCACAUUUCUGGAAAACUCCCCUGUUGAUGCUGUUGUGUUCAAAGCGAUUGUCACAGAUCUGGAUGAGGGAGGAUUUGUAGGAACUCUGAGGAUUCUUCCAGAUUCUGCUCCGUUCUCGGUUGACCCUGACGGCACCGUUAGAGUGAAAGACUCAGCAGUUCUGGACAGAGAAACCAUUGAGGCCAUUGUGUUUCAGAUUGAAGCAACAGAGACAGACGUACCCAAUCAUGUCACGACGGCUCAGGUCACCGUCACUCUGACGGACGAGAACGACAACAGCCCCACCUUCUCCAGCAGCAUGUAUGAGGGCGAGGUGACCGCUGAUCAGGUGGUGGAUAUGGAGCUGGUUCAGGUUGAGGCAAAUGAUCCAGAUGCUGACAUUAACGGACAGAUCAAGUACAGCAUUGAGUUUGGGAACAGCGAAGGAUACUUCUCAAUGGAUGAAGACACUGGAGCCAUCACACUGGCAAAAACUAUCCCCCUUCAGGAAAACAAGAUUUUGGAGUUUCCUCUCUAUAUAACAGCCACAGACCGGGGCAUUGUACCUCGUACCUCAGCAGCUCAGGUGUUGAUUCGUGCUCCUGGAAACUCCAACCCUCAGUUUUUACAAAGAGUGUUCACAGGUGUGGUGGAGGAAGAGCAGGAGCCCGGAGCAUUUAUUGUCAAAGUAAGCUUUCUGAAACUACCCGAGACUGACCCUCCAGUGACCCUCCAAGUUACGAGUGAAGGCGACAAGUUUUCCAUCUCCAACAACGGCGAACUUACCACCAGUGUGAAGCUGGACUUUGACGAAGCCCCUCAUGAUUACUCUGUGGGGAUUUCCAUCACUGACGGCACCACCACCGACAAUGCAGUGGUUGAGGUCAGUGUGACGGACAUCAACGACAACAGCCCCGUCUUCGCCUCUGAAUCUGUCACAGAGGUCGUCCCCGAGGACGCAGAGGUACCAUCCAACAUCACUGUGGUCGCAGCUACAGACAAGGACAGCGGCUUCAACAAGGAGAUCAGAUACUCACUGAGAGGAGGAGAGGGGAGGUUCUCCAUUGACCCUUUGUCUGGGAUGGUGAGCCUGAUUGGUGAAUUGGACAGGGAAACCAAAGCAGAGUACACUGUCCUGGUGCUGGCCGAAGAUCAGGGUCGUCCAGUCAAGUCUGCCACCACAGCCCUAACAGUUCAAGUAUCUGAUGUCAAUGAUAACAUCCCAAAAUUCUCUCAAGAUGCAUAUCAAGUGGAAGUCUUGGAAACAGAAGCAGUGGAAUCAACCUUGCUCACCCUGUCAGCUGAAGAUCCAGAUGAAGAACUGAACGCAAGAGUUUCCUACAGUAUUUUCCAGCAAAGCCCUGUCUCAGAUCCGGCCGCCUUUGCAUUGGACGCCUCCAGUGGAGUCCUGCGGCUGGUCCAGCCUCUGGACUACAGCGAGGUAAAGGAGUACACUCUGAAAAUCCAAGCUUCUGACGGUGGGAGUCCCUCUCUGGUUGGGAACGCCACUGUGGUGGUAGUGGUGAAGGACGUGAACAACAAUCCGCCUGAGUUCAACCAGGAAUUGUAUGAGGUGUCCAUCUCUGAAAACCUGGCUUCUGGAGCGUCCAUCCUCCUCCUGGAGGUCACAGACAGAGACGAGGGCGGUUUCUCCAAUGGUCACUUCCUCGUCUCUCCCAGUGACACCUUUGAAAUAAACAAACAGGGAGUUGUUUCCCUCAAGAAAAACGUUACUUUGGACAGAGAGACAAAAGACAAAUACAACCUGGAGGUGGUGGCGGUGGAUCAGCCCACUGAGGGUUUAAGCGCCACGGCGCAGCUGGAGGUCACCGUCCUGGACUACAAUGACAACACGCCGCAGUUCCCCAGCAUCCCCGACCCCCUGGAGAUCAGAGAGGGAAGCUACACACCGGAAGCGCCGGGGGAAAUCCUCGCCAUUGUACCCACAGAUGCUGACCUCGGCUCCAACGGAGAGGUCACCCUGUCCUUCGUCACUCCACACCCACUUUUCCGCUUCAGGGAGGAUGGGAUGCUGUUGGCUGUAGCGCCUCUGGACAGAGAGACCACAGACACCUACGAACUGUUUAUUAAGGCUUCCGACAAUGGCAGCCCGCAAAGAGAGAACAUCACCUCCAUCACAGUCCGCCUCCUGGAUGUGAAUGACAACAAGCCUGAGUUCAGCCUCAGCAGCUACGUCAGCAGCCUCCUGUUGAAAGACGCAGAAGAAGGGACGGUGGUGCUGAAGCUGUCCGCCACCGACCCGGACUCUGGGAAUAACUCAAUGAUCACCUAUAGUUUCUCGAAAGGAAGCUCAAAAUAUUUGGCCUUGAACGGUGAGAGCGGGGAAGUGACUCUGACCUCUGAGGUCAGCGCUCUGACAGAGGACACCGUGGUGGAGCUGACAGCCAUGGCCACAGACCACGGCGAGCCGCCUCUAAACUCCACGGCUGCUGUUGAGAUUCAUCUGAGGAUAGCCAGCAUAACGGACAACGUGGCCUUCCUGAAGUCUUCCUACAACUUCAGCCUGUCUGAAAAUCAGCCGGAGGGGACAGCGGUGGGCCAAGUGUCGGCCUCCUCGGGAAGCAACCUCUACAAUGUCUCUUAUGUGCUGAAAACGCACGGCGAGCUGUUCUCCAUCAGCAGCGACGGCUCCAUCCUGACCUCAGCAGAGCUGGACAAAGAAGAGCAGGAGUGGUACAUCCUGGAAGUGGAGGCCGUGGACACGCGGACGCCGCCCACAUCAGCCGUGACCAUGGUCAGAGUUCGCGUGGAGGAUGUGAACGAGCCUCCAAAGUUCACAGAGGAGGUUUAUGAAGCCGCUGUCAUCAACAUUGCCCCGUAUAAAACCCCCGUCACCCAAGUUAAGGCUUCAGACCCCGAUGUUGGAGAACAGCCCAAGUACAGUCUGUCAGACAGCUCUGCAUUUGGGAUCGAUGAGGACUCGGGUCAGGUUUACGUGGUUUCAGCAGCAGGUCUGGAUGGGGAGUCGAUAGAGUUGGAGGUUAAAGCUACAGACCCCCGGGGGUCCAUUUCCACAGCCAAAGUGAAGGUCCAGAUCCAAAAAGGAGCGAGCAACAGUGACGUAGUGAUCAUCUCACUAAACCAGCCUGCAAACACUGUAGAGAAUAAGAUUUCAGAGCUGGAGGAGGCUUUAGGUGAUGUUCUUGACUGGACGGUGACGAGCAUCCAGGUGACGAGCUCAAAUGAAGGAGGCACCGUCUCCAGGGUGCUGAGAAGCUCUGUGAGGACUUUGGUCAGCUUUGUAGCAUUCGACGAUGAAGAAGUCGUCCCCUCUGAGGAUGUCAGAAGGAAGCUGAGGAGUGAGUCGGCUGCAGUGACGGCUAAACUGAGCUCAGUGUUCAAUACUGAUGUUCAGUUUGACUUAGAAUCCACUUCUCAAAGUGAGCCCGCCGACAUGAGCGUGGUGAUCGCUCUGGGCGUCCUGCUGGGUGUGAGCGUGGUGGGUCUGAUCGCCACAACGGUGGUUCUGAUCAUCAGGACAAAAAGGAGGAAGCAUCACAGUGACGACAAAGAGAGCCUGGACAUGAAGCGGCGAGCUGAAGGUUACACAAACAAUGAUCGUAAGAAUUCCGCGGACUCCUGGAAGCAGCAGAGGAGGGACAGCGACACUGGAGCAAAUAAAAACACAGACGGCAACUUUUCAGCUCUCUGAUCGUUUCUGUGAAAGCACCGCCACAAUAAAAGCACUCUGUGAUAAUGCAAUUUACUUUAAAUUGUUAUAUUUUUACUUUUUUCCAUUCAGAUUGAAAGAGUAUUUUAGUGAGCCGUUUCGUCCUCUUAUGAUUUUUAUGUUGAAAGUUUUCAGAACAAAACCUUUUAUUUUUUAAAUCUACAAAUCUGUUCACAGCAGUGUUAAGGAGGCUGCUUUCAUUAGCAGUCAUGAAGAAAAGUCGCCUGUGAGAUCAGUAAUUGCAUUUUUUCCCGAAACUGUAUAAAUCGUAAAAAUGUAGACUCUUCUGCAAAUAGGAAAGAUGACAUCUCCAAGAUCAGUUUUUCUGUGAGUACAGACGCUUUUUAGUUUGGUUUGAGUGACUUGACACCUUCGUUUGCGUGAUGGCUGUGUGGACGGCCUAAGAAAAAUAAAAAAACUCCACCCGGACCUUUCAGCUUUGUAGAAAAAUCUUGGAGAUUUGAUUUCUUUUUCGCUCAUAUUUAUUUAUUUCUCCAAGAUAAAAACUUAUAUUGCCGUGAUCGAACGUGUUCCUUCUUUCUUUUGCUGAACUUAAGAUGUCUUUCUUUAUGUAAAAUUCGCCGUUGUCACUGUUUGAAAGGUUUAAAGCAAAUAAAGUUGUCUGACCUUGAAUAAAACCUC